GAGGGUGCGGAUUGUGCUACAGCCGGUGAUCCAGCCCCGCUCUGUACCGCGGGAGUCUCCAUAACAAUCACAAACAAGUGUCAGCUGUCGGAGUUUAUCUAGAUAUAUACAAAAGAGUCGGGAUAUGAUACUUUAAUAAAUUAAGAAGAGAGGUGCAGCUGAACACUCUUUAACAUUUCAGCAUGUAACUGUCUAAAGGUUAUCUAGGUAAGUUUCCAUGUUCUCUGUAAAACAUGGCUCACCGAAUGACGAAGGAGGAGCUGGAUCAGCAGUUUGAGCAGUUUUUGAAAGAGUCAGUCUCUGAUGACUCUUUUGAACUUGGAACCAGCUCUACACGCCCCAGUGUCCUGGACCAAUUGGGAAAAGCACAGCCAAAGCCGGUGAAAAAAAGCCAGGUGUCUGUGCCUUGGUGGCAGGACGAUGAUGACAGUGAGGAGGUUCUUGGAAAAGAUGAAGCUGCUAAAUAUAGAUUCAUCAAGCGUAAAAACACUGAAGCCUCAGACGUUCAGGAGCGGAACAGGCAGAGACCGAGUCCAUCUCCGGUCCCCUGUAAGCCCACCCCUAAACCUCGCAGCAAGGUCCUCGACAGGGCCAACCAUCUGGACAAGACCUGUCUGCCUUAUCAAGAGACUUCCCAGAACACAGACACUACAGACGAGCCAAAAAAGCUGUUUACCAAGGAGUGCAGUCGUUCAGAAGACAAGAAGGCCACUGAAGAUGACUCUCCCUCUGAGUCAGAUAGUUCAUACAUGGCUGAGCACUUCCACAGCACGCCUAGACAGACAAGUGUCAUUCUGACAGACUCUGAUAACGCUGCCUCAGAAAGUGGGGUCAGUGAUUCAUCGAGUAGUGACAACGGACUGUUGGCGUCUGGGAAGACUUUUCGCAAAUCCUUAAGGAAGUCUCAGCCCAUCCAGGAGGUUGAUGAAGAACAGGCGUCACAGGGGCACCACCCUGAGAAUAAGUCCAGAGGCGAUGCAGUCAUCUUCAGCAGAGACAGUCUAGAGCCAGGAGAAUCACUGGUGUUGUCUCGAUCUGCACAAAGUGCAGGUGACUUUACCCUGGACGAGGAGGAGAGGGUAAAGUUUUUUUCCAACCUCGACAAAAGAUCUGACUCUUUGAAUGAUGACCCCAGACUGAACAAAGACCGAGAAACCAGCAGCUCCACUGUCGCCUCACCAAAACGGGAGAGAACUGUGUCUGUAAACCAGAGGGAUUCUGUAAAAGACAACACACCGUCCCCUGCCUACAGUGAAGAUUUUGAGGAUGAAGUAAGUGAGAAGAAAUCUGAAGAAAAGAAACCUGAAAGGCGUGGCAUGCUGGCUAAAGUGUCUCUACAUGACUCUCUGAAUGACACAGAUGCAGAUCAUGUGGCAGCUCUCAUAAAUUAUGGUGCAGCAAGGACCAAUUGGCCCAUCUCCCAAAAGGCAGAAUCAGCGGGACCAAGUGCUCCAGCGUCCCUUUUUGACUCUCUAAACUCCACGGAUGCAAGUCAGAUGGCUCCUCUGGGACACUGUGGUGCAGAAAGUACUGAACGGCCCAACUCUAGAAUAGCAGAGGCAGCAGGACAAGGUGUUCCAGGUCAGUCGUAUGGUCAGAGUGGUGCGAGUGAGGUGGAGGCUCUGCAGGAAGCCUACCGGCAGAUCAGUCACUCUGUGGCAGAAUGUGAGACUGACAGGCUACCGGAGUCCAGCAAGAGUCCAGUCUCUCCUGCCACUCCAGAGUGCUCUGCAGGAAGCUUCAGGCAUGCCUCCACAGCAGGGUCAGAUUUACCCACUGCAGAGGAGCUGAUGCAAGCUAUUGGACCAGAAUCUGGAUUCACAUAUGGCCUGUCCCUUCAGCCCCUAAUUGAAGCAGCAGGGGAUGCCAGUGCUGAAAGGAUGAGUUUAGACAGCAGCCUGUUGAAAGAGGUAAAUAAAGAGAGUCCUGGAGUAACAGAGCCAGACACAGCCACCCUUCAGAACAGACACAGGAGUGUCGCUGAGGAGCUGAAAAGGCUCAUGCAGGAGGACUCUGAGGAACGCCCCAGUCCCACACUCCCUAACAAAGGCAAGAAGCAGCAGGCUCCUGGCAGAUCUACUACUACAAGACCUACUUCAUCCGCCACUAGAAAAGCUCCAGUUCCAUUAGAGAGGACCAAGAAAGCUGAGACCAGACCACUGAUGAAGCCUUCUGCUCCCAGCAGGACUGGACGCAUAGCUAAACCUCCAUUUCCACAGACUCAAAAAAAGAGUCAGAGCCAGACCUCCAACAGGACAUCUGUUCUAAACCAGACACAUACUGUCAAAGGCCCGGACUCCAGUUUGAGUGUAAGCAGUGACCUCAUUACCUCAGUCAAGUCUUUUGCUGCCUUUUUAGAGCAUCAAAUGGAAGUGAACUGUCUGAACCCUGACCUUUCAGACAACAACACGGAGCAGACAACAAAGACCAGAAGUAAUUUAAUAAAGGAAGUACCUGCGAUUAGUGGUCAGGACCUGGACUUGAAGCGCUCUUCCCUGGAGCAACUGAGUCUGCAGUUGGCUCAGAAAGAGAGAAGGCUCCUACUCAGAGAGGAGCAGCUGCAGCAAGAUCAUAGCAAAGAGAUAAGUGCACUCAAACAGGAGAACUUCAUAUUGCAGAGCAAGUUGCGCAGCGCAGAAGAAGCCAGUAAGAAGCAGCGGUGGGGUUUUGGCGAGGCCUCAGAUCCAGCAACGGAGGAGAAGCUUAAACAGAUUGAGAGAGAGAUGAAGCAGCAGGAGACACUGAUUCAGGGCUAUCAUCAGGAGAAUGAGAAUUUGUAUAUGCAGAUGAAGACCCUUCAGGCACAAAGUAAGCAAAAUGAAGAGGCGAUGUUUACAGAGAACCAGCGGCUGCUUUCUGAAUUAGCCUUCACUAAGGAAGAAUUACACAGGAUUAAAAUGCAGAAGACUGUGGGAAGUGGAUCUGCUGCAAAUCAAGGAUACCAAGUUGUAACUGAGCUAAUGGCUCAGGUGCAGGCUUUAGAGAGGAGAGAAGAAAAGUUACAGGUGGAAACCCACAGGCUUAAACAAGAGAAGCAGGCCCUGCAGCUUGAUCUGCAGAUGAUGAAACAAGAGAGGGAUUUAGCAAAGGCACAAGUCGUCUACACUUCAGGUGAUAAAGGCUUUGAGAUGAAGCUUCUGCAGGAGAGGCAUAAGGAGGAGGUGUCUGCACUGAAAAAGAGGCUGCAGUGGUACGCUGAGAAUCAGGAGCUGCUGGACAAAGAUGCAGCCCGACUGAGAGUAGCCAGUGCAGAGACACAGAGACUAACUGAGCAGGUGGAGAAGCUUAAGAUGGAAGUAGCAAAGCGAGCCAACCUGCAGGAGAAGAAAGCAAAGGAGAGAGCUGUGGAGGCCAAGAGAGUCCUGGACCUGGAGCGGCAGGUGAAGGAGAUGGAGGAGAUCCUUCGGCGAAGGCAUCCGAACUCCCUGCCUGCUCUGAUCUACGCUGCAGCUGCAGCAGGUGACCAGGAGGGAGGAAGCAGCCAUCAGCAUGCAGCACCUCAACCCUCCCAGACGGCAGCCCUGCUGGAGAGACGCAUCCACAGACUGGAGGCUGAGCUGGAGGGCCGAGAUGAGGAAGCCAAGCGCUCACUUAGAGCCAUGGAGCAGCAGUUCCAGAGAAUUAAGCUCCAGUAUGAGCAGCAGAUCUCUGAGCUGGAGCAGCAGUUAUCUGAGAGGAGCUCUGUGCCUCAGGAUGGUUUGUCUCAGGAGUCCAGGACUAAGGCUCAGCUGCAGCAUACAGAGCUGGAGCAGCUGAAGGCAGCCCACCAAGACCAAGUGAAAGCUUUGAAGGCUGAGAUUGCCUCUCUGCAGGAUCAGAUCCAGCAGGCUCGUUCUUUAGCAGAGCCUGAGAAGCGGUCGCCUGGUCCCUCAAGACACCAGCGGCAGGCGGAAGCAGCGCAAGCUACUCGAAUAGAGCGGCUGACUCAGGAACUCGCUGCCAAGAGCCGCACUAUUCAAGAACUUCACCGUACUGUUGAGAGGCUGCAGAGAGAGAGGAGGACCAUGCUUUCUGCGCCAAGGGUCGAGGGGUCCAGCACAAAGCACAGACAGCAGCACUCUGCUCCAGCCAAAGAGCCAGUUCCCGUCCCCGUCCCCUCUGAGACUUUCCCUCCUACGCUGGAUGAGAAAGACUAUCAGCCCAGGGCUUUCUCAGGAUCUCACAUCUCUGAGGUGCAGCAGGAGAACGACAGGUUGAUGCUCAGGCAGGAGCAGCUCGAGCUGCAGUGGGAGCAGGAGAGGUUCUCACUGCAGGCUGCUGCUACACAAGCACAGAAUGAAUUCAGAAGGAUUCAGGAGCGCAGUGCGGAGCAGCUUGCCUCACUCAAAGCCGAGCACCAGAGGGAGGUAGAGCAUCUCGUGGCACGCCACGCCCUCGAGCAUUCCUCUUCCAAAGUGGCAGAACUCACAAAUCAGAUGAAGACACAAGAGAUCAUGGUGCUGCAUUUGCGUGAGCAGUUGAAGGAACUGCAGGGUACUAAAGACGCUCUUGCUGUGUCUAAACUCAGAGAAGAGACCUUACAAAACCAGCUGGCUAAGCUUUUAGAGGAGCUGAAGCUGGCCAAAGAGGCCCACACCCCUGAGCUGAGGCACUUUACCAGCCUGGAGCACAAAAUCACCUCAAUGGAGUUACGAUACCAGCAGCGGGAGCAGGAAAUGCAGCAGGUGAUCGCUCAGACGCGUUCAGUGGUAGAACAGGAGCAGCAGGCGGAGGUGACUCGCUGGAAAAAGCUAGCUCAGGGGAAGAGCAGCGAGUUAGAGGCCUUCAGACUGGAGCUGGACUGCAUACUGGAUGUGCUGCGAGAGCUCCAGAGACAGGGUGUGGUCAUCCCUGCCACACAGCACUCCUCUGCUUCUGGCGUCGUAUUCCGGCCCCUCAGAUCAUGACCUUUUCACAUUUAGAGUUUUUCCAUGAACAGUCUGUUAAUAGACACUCAGGUACGUUUAGGGUACUGUUUGGACUACACCUCUGGGAGGAGUGAUCUGGGAAUUGGGUUACCUAAUUUGUAAUAAAUUAUUAGUUUGUUAGCUAUACCGAAGCACCCUACAGUGUGAAGAGGAUGGCGAACUUAGGCAAGACGUUAUUACCAAAGAGAGGCUUGUAUUGUAUUUGAUUUUUUUUCCCACCAUUUCAAACAGUUGUAUCUGUGUGUGUGCACGUUUGUAUGUGUUUGUGUGUGUGCACGUUUGUAUGUGUUUGUGUGGGCAGAGUGUCUUCGCAAGCUCUCACUUUCACAGAUGUAGUGACUCAGCGUGGCUUUCAGUAUGUUCUGAAUGCCAGCUGGAUAUAUCUUGUAAAGCUAGUUUAGAAAUGAGGUGGUAAGCUCUAGUGGCACGUGGGGAUUGAUUACAGUGUUUACAGACAAUUUGCAGGGGAAAUUGAAGUAAUUGAGGUAAAAUUAACCGGUUACAUGCAGCUUCCUUACAUACUGACACUGACCUUGACCAGUGCAUAUUGCUUUCUGUGUAAAACGGACCAAUAUCAAUUUGACUGUUUACAUUCACUUAAAAUGUUAUACAGAAAACAUUUAUUUUAUAAACUAAAUAUGUCUUAAAACCAGACUGUUAUGACUCCCUCCUAUGACCACACUGAGUGAGAGAGUCAGUGAGUGUGUGUUUCUGCACGAAUUGCCCAUCUUAUCAGCUUCACUGCACUUAUACAUACACUGAACAUGAGCACAUUAUAUUUCUAUAAUUACAGACUAUAGUCCUUCAGUUUCAUCCUAUUUUUUCAGUAGUGUAGACCCCACAGGACCACCAAAGAGCUGCUAUGAUUAGGGGUGGUGGAUUGUUAAUUAUCAGCACUGCAGUGACACUGAUUAACAUGUGGUGGUUGUGUGCUAAUAGUGUGUGUUCUAUUGGUACGAGUGGAUCAGACCCAGCAGUGCUGCUGGAGUUUUUAAACACCUCCGUUUACCUACUACUGGAAAGAAAAUAGUCCACCAACCAGAAAAAUCCGGCAACAGCAUUGUGAGAUCACUGAUAAAAGACUAGCGGAAGACCAACACUAAUCAUAGUAAAACAAGAAAAGAAAAAAAAACAUUAUCUAAAGGUCAUGGGCGGUAAAUAAAUAUCUAUAAAUAAAUAUAAGGAUAAAUAUAAGUAUACUUGUCUUUCUUUUUUGUUUUGAUUGUUUUUUUGUUUGUUUAUUUAUUUAUUUAUUUAUUUAUUUAUUUAUUUAUUUAGAACUUUUUUGUUUUGCUUUUAUCUGUGAAGUGUGAUUUAUAUUUGUUGUGAAUGUGAUGUCUUUUGGACCUCAGGAACAAUAGCUGCUAUUGCGAUAGCAAAGAGAACAGUGAGUGAACACAGUGUUUAAAAAACUCCAGCAGCACUGCUGUAUUCUGAUCCACGUAUAUAAGCACAACACACCACCACCAUCUAAUCAGUGUCACUGCAGUGCUGAGAAUGAAUAAUCCACCCCUCUGCUCUGUGGUGGUCCUGUGAGGUCCUGAUCAUUGAAUAACUGGAUGAAAGGAGGAUACAAAUAAAAAAAGUGCAGAGAAACUGAUACAGGACUACAGUCUGCAAUUAUAGAGUUACAGAAUGCUCCUCUAAGGUCAAUAAAUGUAUGAACAAAAUACAUACAAAAGGUCAUCAUAACAGACAUUGUUAUGACUGUGUAUAUUAACAAUUCUGGAUAAAACCUUUUGACCUUACAAAAAAAACACAUUAAGCCAUUUGAAUGCAGAUGUAACCUUAAUAAAAAAAGACUUUAUAGAAUUUAUAUGGAGUCAUAUAAUAUGACUGCAUUUAAAUGUGAACUGUACUGUACUGCAAGACAUCCUUCAGAGGGGGGCCUGUUAUAAAGGGGCUAGGAACUGCCCUCCUGUCGAGUUCUUCAAAGAAAGCCAGCAUGCGCUCUGCUCACUGUUCUCCUUUUUCUAACGUAAGUUAUAUUUCACCAGCACCUGACGCACAUGGGGAAUUGUUUGGGGUGUAGAAUUAGAAAAGAGGGCCCUAUCACUAGCAUAUAAAUUUAUUUUGUAAAUAAAUUAAUCACAUACAAAAUAACACUGCAUUUAAUUAUGUUUUGUGGUAGUUUGAACAUUUAUUAAAAUAAAAGAAUAUAGUUGGCA